ACUGACCUCAUGCGCUCUCAUACACGGUCGAGCUAUAUCGAGCGCAAGAACAUUCCCUGGUUGCGAGCUCGUCCUUCUCAGGACCCCUCGACCGCGCACUCCCUCCGUCCUCCCACCACCCGUCGCUCUCCUUCUGAACUCGCAAGAUGACUUGGGACCUCAUCAAGCUGAACAACGGGACGAGCAUCCCCAGCAUCGCGUUCGGAACGUGGACGCUCGGCGGCGGGCAGCAGUCGACCGACAAGGUCGACCAGGCGCUCUCGGUCGGGUUCAGUCACAUCGACACGGCACAGUCGUACAGGAACGAGUACGAGGCGGGCAUCGCGAUCCACGAGAGCGGGCUCGCGCGCGAGGACCUCUGGAUCACAACGAAGUAUUCGGGGCUGAACGGGCUAGGGAUCGAGACGUCCAUCCAAAACAGCUUGCAGAACCUGGGCGUGGACUAUGUCAACCUCUACCUUAUCCACCACCCCCGUCUGGCUGUGCCGGACAUCCCCACUGCGUGGUCGAAGAUGGAGAAGCUACAGACUGACGGACUGGUGAAGAGCAUUGGCGUCAGCAACUUCAACGUCCUGCAACUCCAAACCCUCCUCGACUCUGCCAAAAUUAAGCCCGUCGCUAAUCAGAUCCUGUUCCACCCCUACGUGCUCGCCUCGCAGGCACCCAUCGUCGAGUUUGGGAACAAGAACGGGAUAGUGAGCGAGGCAUACAGCAUACUGACUCCGCUCACGCACCACACCGGCGGCCCCGUUGACAAGCCGCUCAAGGAGAUCGCGGCGCGGCUUGACUCAGAGCCCGAGCAGGUCCUCCUCGCGUGGGCGAAGGCGAAAGGCGUUGUGGUUGUAACGGCGAGCACGAAGAAGGAUCGUCUUGAGAGAUACCUCGCUGCGGGCGACCUCGAAUUGACCACCGAGGACAUCGCUGCCAUCGACGCGGCGGGCAUCAUCGGCGCACGCCGCAUCACCGCGCGCACCUACAUGAGGCGCGCAGCUGUUGCGGCUUUGAUCGGUGCUGCUGUGCUUGGAGUGUGUAGCUAUUCCGGGAUUAACGUGCUGUGAGGCUGCCGGAGUAACUUCGAGGAGGUGAAGGGAGGGUGCUGUGGAUGGCGUGCGAUGCUACCAGCGUGGACUGGAUGUGUAUUGGUUGACAUACCGUGGACUUUGUUGUACUUUCUGUGUGUGCCUUGAGCGAGGCCAGCGCGGUACUACUAGUUCGCCCAUGUCUCAUGAUCCCAGCCGGGCUCUCAACCACGUCAGCGGUCAGGCGAAGAGGGCUCCUAAGUAUAAUUCCGUCGAAA